AUGAUCAGCGCGUUAAUUUGGAUUCUGAUAUUCUGUGCGUACUCGGCUGUGGCGUAUAACUACGACGGCGAAGCUUACAAAAAACCACAUUAUGCCGGAAAUCGAACAACAAUGGUCCAUUUGUUCGAGUGGAAGUUCAAAGACGUCGCCAGAGAAUGCGAACUAUUUCUGGGACCAGCGGGUUACGCCGGCGUGCAGGUAUCUCCUAUUCACGAGAACGUCGUGUUGCCAAAGAGGCCCUGGUACGAGCGUUACCAAGUGGUGUCUUACAAAAUGGUAACGCGAUCCGGUGACGAAAACGAUUUCAAAGAUAUGGUCUCGCGUUGCAACGCCGUCGGCGUGCGAGUUUACGUGGACAUUAUAAUAAAUCACACGACGAGAGGGGACCUGGGCCGGGUUACCGGCAGCGGCGGCUCGAGCGCCGAUACGGCCAAUUUUCUCUAUCCAGCCGUGCCUUACGCAAGAGAGGAUUUCAACGAGCCGUGCGUUAUCAAGGUGAAGGAUUACUCGGAUCCGGUGAAGAUGCGAAAUUGCAAGCUGUUCGGCCUGCUGGAUUUGAACCUGGCCAGAGAGCACGUGAGAGAAAAAAUUGUCGAUUUUCUCAAUCGCGCGAUCGACUUUGGAGUCGCUGGUUUUAGGGUUGACGCGGUCAAGCACAUGUGGCCGGAAGACUUGGAAGUAAUCUACAGCAGGCUGCACGAUCUGAAAUCCGAAGUCUUCGGCCCGAACAAGCGGCCGUUCAUUUAUCAAGAAGUUAUAAGCUUCGAUCGCGACGAGCCUCUGAACAAAUGGCAAUACGUACACUUGGCUGCGAUAACGGAAUUCGUGUACGGAAAUAUCUUGGGACGCUGCUUCCGGGGCUGGGAGCCACUGAAGUCCCUCGAGCAUUGGCUCGAGAACGAUCGACGUUUGCUCGACUCGCGGGACGUCCUCGUCUUCGUGGACAAUCACGACAAUCAGCGCGACGGUCAUGGAAAGCCGGAUCACGUGAUCUUGACGCAUCGAGACGCUCGCCUCUACAAGAUGGCAGUAGCUUUCAUGCUGGCUUAUCCGUACGGUCAUCCGCGCGUUAUGAGCUCGUUCGCUUUCGACGAUCCGAAUCAAGGUCCACCGACGAGCGACGACGACUCCGGCGAAGGUCGCGGUGCAAUACUGUCACCCGAGCCGGCGAACAAGCGCGCCAUGGAGGUAGGCGCAGACAUCAACAUGUGUGGCAACGGCUGGGUGUGCGAGCAUCGAUGGCGACAAAUUUACCAAAUGGCCGGAUUUAAAAACGUCGUUGGCGAUAGUGCUGUAAGCAAUUGGUGGUCCAACGGGCACAAUCAAAUAGCCUUUUCGCGCGGCAACUUGGGAUUCAUCGCGUUCAACGGUGAAUACGGAGUGGAUCUGAAGGAACACUUGCAAACGGGUAUGGCAAUGGGCGAGUAUUGCGACAUCAUAUCCGGCAAAAAAGUCCGUGGUAAUUGCAGUGGCAAAAGAGUCAAGGUCGAGGCAGACGGUACAGCCUACAUCGAGAUAUUUAAGGACGAGUCGAACGGUGUUCUAGCAAUACACGCUGAGUCGAAAUUGUGACGAGGCAACUUCUUCAUCUUCUUCUAUAUCUCGAGAGUUAUAAGAACUACUAGGACCAGUCGCCCUCCGUC